UGGCAGGGCUGUUGCCUUGGAUAAGGGAGGAGGGAAAUGGUUUCGUGGUGCCUCUCGGUUCACCUGGCCUGGCGCCUGCACUUUGAGCCAGCGGCACCAUGACGAGCCGAAGUACAGCAGGUAGAGCACCCCCCCCAGCCCCACCCCAUAUUGCCAGCGAGGGGAUUAGAAAUUAGAUGGGGGGGGGCGCGGCGACGGACGUUCACCCGCUGAACUUCUGCUAGCUUUCCUGUGCCUUUUGAGCUAGUAGCUUAACAAGCAGAAAUUCAAAGUCCCUCGUUUUUUCCUCCUUUUCUGGCAAAGGAGUAACUAAAAAUUAAAACAAAGUGAGCAAAGGCUUCACCUGCUGAACUUCUGCUUGACAGGCUGGUGGCUCGCAGGAGCAAAGCCACUUUUCUUAAAAAGUGGGUGAAGCUCUUUUUCAUCUCUCUGUCCCUGUGAGGGGCGGGGGCGGGGAAGAAGCUUCAUGUGUUGAGGACUUGGUUGCCAUACUGCUGGUACAAAGGUGCAGGGCCAUUCAGGGUACCAGCCUUGGCUGGUCGUUUGACAAGUGGCUCAGCAGGUGAAGCUUCCCUGGCUUGGUGAUUAAAAUUAACACAAUGGAAGAAAGGUAAGCAGGGCAGAAGGUAAUCCCAGAAAGCUGGCUAUUUGGGUGGCAUAGAAGAUUUACCACCCUCUACUCGGAAUACACGUUAUGAACCCUUUCUGGAGCAUGUCUACAAGUUCUACACGCAAGAGAUCUGAAACAGAAGAAAAGGCUCUGGUUGGUGAGCUGAAGAACAGUCCUCCACGCACCACUCAAAAAAAGCAGCUGCCUUCGAUUCCCAAAAAUGCUGUGCCAAUGACCAAGCCUGCUUCACCCGCCCUUUCAGCGCAGUCUACAAAUGGGACACAUGCCUCCUACGGACCUUUCUACCUAGAAUACUCUCUCCUGGCAGAAUUCACGUUGGUUGUGAAGCAGAAGCUGCCAGGUGUCUAUGUGCAACCUUCUUACCAAUCAGCGUUAAUGUGGUUUGGAGUAAUAUUCAUAAGGCACGGAUUGUACCAGGAUGGUGUGUUUAAAUUUACAGUCUACAUCCCUGACAACUACCCAGAUGGUGACUGCCCACGCUUGGUUUUUGAUCUGCCCAUCUUCCACCCACUAGUAGAUCCCACCUCAGGUGAACUGGAUGUGAAAAGAGCAUUCACCAAGUGGAGGCGAAACCAUAACCAUAUAUGGCAAAUACUGAUGUACGCUCGAAGGGUCUUCUACAAGAUUGACACAACCAGUCCUUUGAAUCCUGAGGCUGCUGUGCUGUAUGAGAAGGAUAUUCAACUUUUCAAGAGUAAGGUGGUUGACAGUGUGAAAUUAUGCAGCAGUCACUUAUUUGAUCCACCAAAAAUAGAGGAUCCCUAUGCAAUUAGUUUUUCACCCUGGAAUCCAGCUAUACAUGAUGAAGCUAGAGAGAAGAUGUUGACCCAGAAGGGUUACAUGUAUGUCUUUAGAGUUCUGGAAUUCUCUCUGGGGCUGGGAAGGUCUUAUUUCCCAAAGCCCUCAGCAGAGCUGCUUCCACCCUCAAAGGCUGGACCCUACUCACUUACUCAUUCAGACUGGUGGAUGCACAUAUUAUAGUUCAGAAGAAGGCAGAGGAUCAACAGUGCAAAAGCAUGCAGGUGUCUGGCCUCUCAUGGGUGAAGCCUGGCUCGGUUCAGCCUUUCAGCAAAGAGGAAAAGACUCUACCUACCUAGUUCCUGUGAAUGACGAAGCACUCAACACUUUCUGCAAGAGGGAAUGUAAUGGAGAGCCAGACAGCAAAGCAGUGGCUUUCCUUCUUGACUUGGAUUAGUAAAGAGUUAAAUGGUAGCAAUGACUCAAGUAAACCUGCUCAAUGGGAUUGCUCAGACUCUUGGUAUUUUACAUAUGUUUUAACUGCAGGUUGGAAGUUGCUCUUAACAAGGCUGGACUCCAGUUAGUGAAGUCCACCCUGGUGGGUAAUGGAAGCCUCAGGGGUCUAAUAUCUGAGGUUCUUCAUCGGGUUACUUUUAAAAGCUUUUAAAAUUUUCCUUCCAGGGGUAGGUUUUUU